GCACCCCGGUUGGGCACCUCGUCCAGGACCCCUGGGAGAACAUGGCCAAAAAGCAGCGCUCUGGACAUGGCCCUGACUCCCCAGCGACCCCGCUCCUCGGCGAGAUGCGCGCGGAGGAUCAGGGGUACGUGCAGAUGCCUGGAGGCGACAUGGACGGCCCAGCCGAGAGGGACGCUCCACCAUUUCGCCAGCCGGAUUUCGGCGCUGCCGCGGCCUCGUCGGAGAAGGACGAUGAGCUUGUCACGAUGGCUGGAAUCGCUGCUCCCCUUCAGCAGCAGCUGGGCCCCGUGACUUCGGUGGUGGCAGAUCUUAAGAAACGGUUCAUGAAGCUCGACAGCAAAGUUACCGACUUGGGCACUUCCCUUGUGGGCCAUUUGGACGACGUGGAUGCGAAGCUGAUCGAUGCAGACCUGCGCAUAGAGAAGCUUGAGAGCAUGUACGCGGCCACGCAGGCACCCCCCAGUGCCGCGGAUAUUGACGAGAAGAUCCAGGCGAGCAUCCAGCAGGCCUUCGCGAGCCAGGCCUCGCAGCAGGCGCCUCUCACCAAGAACGUCCCGCUGGUCGACAGGAAG